AGCAAUUUCGUAAGAUCGAAUUGAACAUAAAUAUUAUAUAAUUAAUCAAAAUUUCACAUUAUCAUUAAAAACUUUAAAAUUUUAAAUUGCAAAGAUUAAUAAGAACAUUAUAGUCUAAUAAACUAGCGCAUUAUGGGUAGAAGAAGAAAAGUUAUCUGGCAAUUUUACAACAAGAAAGGAAAAGCAGUGAUGUGCAAAUUUUGCCAUAGAAGGUUUGUUUCCAAAUGUGAAUAAAAUGAAAAAACACACUUUGAGGGGUUUACACUGUCCCAUAAAUAUAAAAAAAUCUUGCCAAAGCAAAUAAGGUUGUCUUUCGAAUAUAUAUGAGGCACUGCAGAGCAAAGUAAAAGCAGAUUUAAAAGAUUCUAAAAAUUUGCAUUUACAACGUGAUGGAUGGAGUAACCUUCGUAACGAGUCAAUUAUUAAUUUUGUCAUUACCAAACCGAAACCACGUUUUGUCGACUUUAUAAUUACCAAAACCAACAGACACCUUGCCAAAUAUUUGUCAAAUUAAACGCAGAAUGUGUUAGAAGAGUAUGGACCUGCAAAAAUUUCUGGUUAUCGUUGGUGACAAUGUUGCAAAUAUGAGAGGAGCUUUUCGAUUAUUAACCGAAAAAUUCGAUCACAUUGUGCCAUUAGGCUGCAUUGCUCACCUGCUGCAUUUAGUUUGGAAUGACAUAUUGAGGUGCGUUUCUAUCAAAAAAUGUAUGGCAAAAGUUACAGAUGCUAUAAAAACUAUGAAAAACAGUCAUAUUAUCCACAGUCUAUAUUUUGGGUACAAGUUGACAAAAUGAUAAAUAUUUUGAGGCCAAUUGUUGAUCAGUUGCAGAAGAAAUAAUGGAUGCCAUAGAAUUUAUAAUUGACACAGCUGCAAAAAUUGGAUUGGGACUAAAAAUUGGCGAAAUUAGUGGUCUUCUAGCAAUUUAUAGAGAUAAGGAAGGCAUAUGGUCAAAAAGGUUCAUCUGGGAAGGAAUGGAAGAUAUCAAUCCUCUUACUCAGUGGAGAGGUAACUGUGGCACGAAUAUACUAGCAGACGUUGCAAUUAGGAUUAUGAGUGCACCUGUAACUUCUGCUGCUACUGCACGAUCCUUUAGCACUUUCAGUUGGAUUCAUAUUAAAAAAAGAAAUCGAUUGACUACAGAAAGAGCUAUCAAAAUUACUUACUUAGCUUAGAAUUGGACAUUUCUAAUGUUCAAUCACUCUGAUUCAGACAAUUAAGAUAUUGUGAAAUAUAUGUUUUAAUUUCAAUAAAUAUUUUUC